GAUAAGAUAACUAAGCAAUUGCAGCAGGUGACUCCGCCUUGGCCUCCAUUGAAUUCGGAAACCGAAAAUUCACAGCGGAACCGGAGUUCUUAGCUCCAUCCCAAGACUCAUCCUGGAAGUUCCGCAGUCAUCUGCCCCUCGGUUCCACCUUGUGUCGGUCUCUCCUCAACUCUCCCGCCGCUCCCCUCCCCUUUCCACCUCCCGACCAAGCACCAACCAACCAAUCCGACCACUCAAUGGCUCAUCUCGAUUCCUCCUCCGGCUCCGAAAGCCCCGCGCCUGCGGUCAAUGGCGCAAAGAAUAACAAUGGCGUUUACCACAAGAGUAGCAAGAACAAGGACGGCGGCAAGAAGCGGUCGCGCGAUGGGGAUAUCUCGUCGAAGAAUGCCAAUGGCACACAUGCGAUCGGAGAGCGCCGGUCUAGCGUCAGCAAGCCCGCGCGGGACUUCCGGGAUAUGCCGGAGCCGACCCCCAAGAAGAAGAAGAGAAAGACUUCGACGCCCGCCACCGCCGCCAUAAAGGAGGUGGCGACGGCGGACGAGGCAGGCGAGUCGUCGACCCGGUCGCCGAGCCCCGUCGUCGACUUUGACGGCCUCAGCCGGCCCAGCAUAGGGACGCGGAAGCGGCUGGAGGAGGACGAGUCGCAAAAGGAGCUGCGGCUGGCGCGCAUGAAGGGCGCCGUCCGCACGCUGCUCGAGUGCGUGGGCGAGGACCCGGACCGCGAGGGCCUGCUGGCGACCCCGGACCGCUACGCCAAGGCGAUGCUCUACUUCACCAAGGGCUACCAGGAGAACGUGCGCGACAUCGUCAACGGCGCCAUCUUCCAGGAGGGCCACAACGAAAUGGUCAUCGUCAAGGACAUCGAGGUGUUCAGUAUGUGCGAGCACCACCUGGUGCCCUUCAACGGCAAGAUGCACAUCGGCUACAUCCCGCGCAACGCCGUCAUCGGCAUCUCCAAGCUGCCGCGCAUCGCCGAGAUGUUCGCCCGCCGCCUGCAGGUCCAGGAGCGUCUAACCAAGGAGGUCGCCAAUGCCGUGAUGGAGGUGCUGCAGCCCCAGGGCGUCGCCGUCGUCAUGGAGUCGAGCCACCUGUGCAUGGUCAUGCGCGGCGUCCAGAAGUCGGGCAGCACCACCAUCACCAGCUGCGUGCUGGGCUGCUUCGAGCGCAAGGAGAAGACCAGGAACGAGUUCCUCAGCCUCAUUGGCGUCAACCGCUAAACGGCAGAAAUAAACCAACCGAGCGACAUGUCCGGAAUGCGCCCGGUAUUAAUAGAUAAGUGGGAUAUGCGAGGGCUGGGCAAACUAAAGGGUUGAGGGUGUCUUUUCAACAAUGAGCCGCCAUAAAUCUAUGGCAGCGAUGCCGAGCAAAGCCUUGCCGAGCAAAGCCUUGCCAAAGUGUGUUUUUCAACUCUGCAUUCAACUGGCGUUUGGGGGUUUCGGGAGG